GUUUGCGCCGAGCUGGUGUCUGUCUGACUCAGAGAACAUGUGAAGAGCAACAGAUAUAAACAGCACACACAUCGAUCAAUGAAAGGACAGAAAUGCUGAGAAUGCUCCUUGAUUUUAUACUUGUCAUGGUUUUGCAUAACGACCUGGUUACUGGAACUCCGUCCGCCAGACUGAUGAAUGGUUUAGAUGGCUGUUCAGGAAGAGUUAAUGUCAUUACUAACACACCGUGGACAGUGUGUGGUGACUCCUGGGACAUUAAUGCUGCAUCUGUGGUGUGUAGAGAGUUGAGAUGUGGAAGAGCAGUUAUUGCAGAUAGCCUGGCUCUUUUUGGGGUAGAGGAUCGAAACGUGAGUACGAUCAGAUGCCAGGGGGAUGAGUUAUCCAUCAAAGAGUGCUCUUUAAAAUGGACUGAAAAUAAUUGUUCUCAGAGAAAUGCUGGAGUCAUAUGUUCAGGUAUGAGCAUUUAAAUUUUCCCUUGAUUAAAAUUGUAAUUUUCAAGAGUGCUGGUGUACACCGUGAUCUGUGAUAACAAUCUUACAGUACAAUAUCAGUUGCUAGAACUUUACCGUAAGAAAUGCGGUACCAACAUUUUACAGGCAGGUUUUAUGGACUUAAAGUCACAGUAAAUUUUUUUUUACAGUAAUAAAAUUAUAUAUUAUUACAUUGUAUACGUAACUAGUAUAGUGGUAAGAAAAUAGAAAAACACAUUUCAAAGUACUAAUAUUUGUUUUAUACUAGUGUAAUACACUGAUAACCCCUAAAGUCAGGUGGUCAUGAGGAAGUCACAUGAUAAAUCAUAAUUGGCUAAGGAGGGAAUACUAAUACAGAAGGUGCACACAGUGUCAUUCACACAAACGCUAAACACCACCAUGGUAACAAAAAUGAUACUAAAAUAUCAUUGUUUCUGCUGGUCAAGUCAGCAAAACUGCUUUUCCAUGAGUGAAACCUAUUGUACAUAGGGAAUUAUUCCCUCAUGCGAAAAUCCUGUGUGACCAGACCUUGAUGCAUGAAUAAUCUAUUAAAACAAUUAGCUGAAAAAUAUGGGAUCAUUCAGCCGUUCUGAGGAUAGGGUGCACUCUUGUUAAUGCAUUAUACACCUUUUCUUCAGCUUCUUCAAUUAUUAUCAUUGGUGCUGUGGUCACAGCUGUACUGUUCAUAUUGUCUGCACUGAUAAUCAUUUUCCUGGUGAGGAGGAGACGAAAACAAAAGAAAAUCCAAAUAUGCUCUAAUUCAAAAGAUGCUGUUAAUAUGCGAGAUGUGCUCCACAAUAACCAGAAUGAAGACGAUGCUGAGGAUGACUAUGAGGUUGUAGAUAUGGAUGAUAGCGCUCAUGAAGAUGUAAACUCUGACUCUGAUCAGGAUUAUGUUAAUGUAGAUCAAAAUGACUCUGAACCGGACUACGUCAAUGUGGAAACAGACGAUUCAGAUUCACAAGACUAUGUCAAUGUCGAUAUUACAGAACACAGAAGUUCACUGCGCAAUAACUGAAGAUUUAUGAAAAUGUGAAUUAUUCAUUAUAUCUAAUAAGCAUUGUCCAGAUAUGAAUUGUUCUUUGUAUAUGAAGAGAACAAAGACUCUUCGGUCAUUAUUAAGCACUAACAUUAAAUAAGAGACUCGUGAAUUCUCUGUAACGUGAAUCAGAAUUCUCUUUUCCUGUUGUGAAGUAUCAGUUUGUCUACUUCGCUGAAAAUAAUGGCACUUGCAAAUUAGCAGUUGUUAACAGAGCUUUGGCAACAAGUAUGAAUAUUUAUUAGUAGUGUUUUUGACAGCAAGAAAUAAGGAACCUCAUAGUGUGACACAACUUCCCACAACCCCUCUGCUGUAUGUCUUCUCUCGUUUUUUUUAUUUUAAGACACCUGGUAACGAGUUACUGAUACUUUGUGAUGUAUGCCUUUUAUUAUGAGUGCCCACUGGGUACCUGAAUAAUUUUAUUUAAAUUAAAAUCUGUUAAAGCAACAUUUAAUAUGUUUGUAGAGUUUCCUCUGAAUACAACUGCCAGAGUCUCUCCACUUCCUCAAAUCGACCUCAGAGCUAAAUCAAAGUAUUAGCAUACUCAGAAAACAGCUAUUCUUCAAUGUUUUAAAAAUGCAUCUGGCUAAUCAGGAAAAUGAAGCGGAAAUCCAGCUGAACGCAACUCUUUAACUCCAUUUCAGAGUACUGCAUAUCUGAUGUGGUUUCUUAAUUCCCUUUUGCAAUUUCUAUCACAUGUAAACAGUUUCACUUCUUUGCAUGAGAUCAUUUAAUAGUUUGCAUAUGAAGUCAUUCCAUCACUCCUUCUUCUACAGAUGCGAACUAAACAAACUCUAAUAUGUCAUUUGAAGCACUAUACAGCAUACCAGCUGGGUCCUGAACUCCCCAUGAAAAGAGUGAGGGUCACAUUUUACUGAUUUUUAGCACUAAGCAAUAUUUUAGACCAUAAAUAUAUUUAGACCAUAAUCAUAUAUAUCAUAAAAGGUGCUGUCUUCAUAUACAGACUGUUUAAUGGGCAAGUGCAGCAUUUAUGUUCAUUCACAGCUCAACCUUUAAAUACAACAUAAAUACAAAGUUUUAUUCACACAUUCAAACAAUUUAUGGUGUAAAUUACAGUGUAUGUAAUGUAAAAAAUGUCUUUUUUUAGGAAAAAAUUGAAAGUUAGCCAUAAGUGUGCAUAGUAAAAGAUUUAUUUCUCACAUUUAUGGGCCAAGAAGUAUGCUUUUGCUUUUGUAUAGAUGUUUGCUUUAAAAUAGAAAUCAAUUAGAAUCUUGGCUAAUUUAUAGUCUUCUAAGAAACAGUGAGUGAUGAGUUUAAAGAGUUAGUUAAAAGUAGUUGAAAGGGCUGUAUAUUGCUCAAGUUUGUCGUAUCAUUGUGAAUUUCUCUUCGUAAUGCAAUUCUUGGAAAGAGGUUGGGUAAAAAAGGGAUGUUUAAUUUGAUUGAAAAAUGCAUUUUUUAAAUAGCUAAAAAGGGAAGUGAAUUGGCAAGUUUGCAGUUUUGGUUCAGAACAUCUUAAGUGCAUUUUGAAACAACACAAUGUCAAGACCUUCUCUUCUCACUCUGAUAAUAGCCAGUGCUCUUUCUGUUGCAGCUGGAGAAAAUAGUAUCAGACUGGUGAAUGGUGCAAAUAACUGCUCUGGAAGAGUGGAGAUCCUCUAUAAUGGCCAGUGGGGAACAGUGUGUGAUGACUCCUGGGACAUGAAUGAUGCUGCUGUGGUGUGCAGACAGCUGGGAUGUGGAAUAGCUGUAAGUGCACAUGGCAGUUCUCAUUUUGGCGAGGGUAGUGGUCAGAUCUGGCUGGAUGAUGUGGAAUGUUCAGGAAGUGAAUCAUCGCUCACGCAGUGCUCACAGCUUUCUAUUGGAAAACAUAACUGUGAACAUUCUGAAGAUGCAGGUGUCGUCUGCUUACAAGACGUAAGAUUGGUCAGUGGGUCUGAUUCAUGCUGUGGGAGAGUGGAGAUCCUCUAUAAUGGCCAGUGGGGAACAGUGUGUGAUGAUAACUGGGACAUGAACGAUGCUGCUGUGGUGUGCAGACAGUUACAGUGUGGAUCAGCCAUCCGUGCACCUCAUGGAGCUGCCUUUGGUCAAGGUAGUGGUCAGAUCUGGCUGGAUGAUGUUGAAUGUUCAGGAAGUGAAGGAGCCCUCAGACAGUGUUCACACAGUGGAUUAAAAAAGCAUAACUGCAAUCAUGGUGAAGAUGCUGGUGUUGUAUGUUUAGGUGAGCUGCAGAUGCCGACCUUUUCCUUGACCUCAGUACAUGCAGCCGUUUCUCCUGGAGAAAGCGUCCAGUUCAGAUGCACAGCACCUAAACCUAGAUGCAACACUACUGCUGAGUUCCAGCUCCUCAGAAACGGACCGCCUGUAUCCUCUCAGACACACGAAUCAAGUGUGACUUUCAACCUUUCUAAUGUAGACGUCUCUCUUCAGGGCAGCUACAGCUGUCUUUACUCCUACCUAAACAACGCUGUCAAAUCACCUUUCAGCAGCAUUAUUACCAUCACUGUGGUGGACUUGCAGAAGCCCAGCAUUUCUCACAGUUAUCCUGACGGGUCUCAGGGGCCGGUGAUCACCAGGGGCCACAGUUUCACUAUCAUCUGUUCAACUCAAUCUCAGCAUCCUGGAGGCUCUUUUCUCCUGUUCAGAGGAUCAGACAUCACCGGGACUGAGUCAGAUGUUAAUCUCUCUUCCUCCUUCUUCUUUCCUGAGGCAGAUUACUCACACGAGGGAAACUACAGCUGUGUUUAUGAAGUCAGUGUCUCCUCUCGCUCCUUCCGUUCAUCUGCCUCUGAUCUGCUGCUCAUCACUAUCACAGCCUCCCUGCUUCCUGUCAUUGGUGCUGCAGUGUCAGCUGUGCUGCUCUUGUUGUCUGGUCUCAUAAUCUUCCUCCUGCUCAAGAGAAGACGACAGCAAAGGAACACGGAAACAGUCUUGAAGUUCUCCUUUAGAAACGGUACGGAUAAUACAUAUGCAGGUGCAUCACAUGGCAAUAAAAAUGAAGAGGACGAUGAGGAUGAUUAUGAAAAUGCAGAACUGUAUUUUAAAAACAAUAAUUGUGAUGAUUCUGAAGAGGACUAUGUCAAUCCAGACACAUAUGACUCUGAAGAGGACUAUGUCAAUGCAAAGGAGAAUAAAAGUGUGCUAGAGAAAUCUGAUGAAAACAUUUAUGAAAGCUAUUGUGAUGAAUACUAGUAGUUUGUAAACUACUAGAAUUAAUAAGUCUAAAGAUGACAGUGAUUGAUAUGUAAAUAGAGUAAAAAAAAUCUUUGUUCGGCUUCACUUUCUUUUAAAAAUGAGGAUUGCUUUGAGAUAAAGAAAUAUAGAAAUGUGCAUAUUAUACAGCACACAUACUACACAGUUUUCUGGCAUAUAUACGUCAAAUGUUGAAAAAUGAAUAAAAGCAAUGUAAUAUCAGUAGCAGGAGGCUAUGAGUCCACACUUUUAAAAGUGUAAUUUUAGCUCCAAGAUGGAGGGAGUCAUGUAUACAUUUCAGGAGUGUUAAAUUGGACUCAAAUUGAGUUCUUUGUUCAUUGUGUGGUCAGUGUUCAUGUAAAACAAUAAAUAAAUAAAUACACAAAACAAUGUGUUUACAUAAUUUUUUUUUUUUAUUUCCCCUGCACCAAAAUAUCUUCACAUGCAGUGUUUUUAGCACAUGUAAAGAAGUAACAACAAUUAACAUAAUGCUAAAGAAAAUCAAAAUACAUAUACUUAUUUGGUACAUAUAUGUCACGUCUUUGGACUUUGUUAUUGUUUCUGUCUCAUGCCAUGUGUUCCGUGUGACCUAAUUUAGUUUAUUGUCUUCAGCUGUGUGAGUUAAUUUAGUCAUUUACCCGGUGUAUUUAAGUCCUGUGUUUUCAGUUCUCUUUGUCCGAUCUCGUCCUUAUUUUCGUGUGGUUUUGUGCUGCCUGUACUUGUAUAGUU